GGGCGAUUUACGUAUUAAACAGUUGUCUAUUCAAAAAACUAUUGUUAAGUAGCAUUAAACGGUAUUUCACUUACUCUUACGCUCCCUCUAUUACAUUGUUUUCUUCACUAUCCACCCGUCCUUCUGCUCCCCACUGCAGCAGCUGUUGUUUUGACUGGUACGGCACGCUUUCACACCGACGGACGACGAAUACACUUGACCUCAACCAACAUCUCCAACAAUGAGUUCUUCACGGAGUUGGAGUCGGUCACUCCUUCUCACAUGUAUCUCAUUAUGUCUUUUAUCAAUUGCUAGAUGUGAAUCGCUUCUUGAUGAUGUUGUAAAACGUUCUAAUGAUUCUCUUUUAUGGGGAGCAUAUCGCCCUAACCUUUAUGUUGGCGUUCGUCCCAGAAUUCCCAAGAGUCUUAUGGCCGGAUUGAUGUGGACUAAUGUUGAUACCUACGGAUCAAUUUCUCGUAUACGCCAUGCCUGUGAGCAAUCAGAGGACAUGGGCUAUUACGGAUGGGACUCUUAUGAUGCUCGUCUUGGUGGACACCAGGUCAUCGACGAUUACGGUAUGGGUAUAAAAUUGGACGUUGACUUUGUGAAACUUCCUGAAGCUGAGAACGGCCAAAACUGGGCUCUCCGUGUUCGUGGAACGCCAAAAAAGGGUGCGCCUGAGGACAUCAAGACAGCUAUGUUCUUCUAUACGUAUUUGGAGGGUGAAGGAAUUCUUGAGAUUCAGAAGAAUGAAGAAAACGAGGGAUCUCGCCCUUACAUCGUUGGUGAAACACCCGAUCUCGGCACCUUUUUGAUUGCAACGAAGAAUCGUUUUGGUGAGCAUCCUACGUUUUUGACUGCUCCCAAUAAUUUCGAGGAUGCUGAGGAAACUGUUAUGGAUUCUGACUAUUACAUCAGUCUGAAUGUUGAGGAAGACGACAUUUGGAAGAUGAAGGAUGUUCUUUUGCAGCUUCUUGAUCAAAAAAUUCGUAUUGAUUUGCAAGCCAAGGGAAUUACGAGUCUCGAGGACCUUCCACCUGCUUUCGAGGAGUUGGUACUUCCUAACGUCGCAGGUAACACAAACGUUCAGAUCGUUGAGAAGGUGUUUGAAGGUGCUUUUGAAUUUGACAUCAUUUACAACUCUGUUCCUUUCCUCAAUGUAGUUACCGAAGAUGUCAUCACGGCUCAAAUUGAGAGCAACAAAGCUGCCUUUAAGGAGCGUUUUGAACAAACUUUUCCCAUUGCAGCUCCCUUCAAAAACGAGUCUAGUCUGCAAUUAUUUUCCCAACGUGCAUUUGCUAACUUAUAUGGUGGAAUUGGUUAUUUCUACGGCAAUUCCAUUGUCAGUACGCAUGGCGUUGAGGAUGCCGAAGAUGGCGAUUAUGAGUUUGCCCAUGGAUUCGAAAAUGCAGAUAUGAAGUUGCAGGAGGGAACGGCAAAGCUUGAUGUGGAGCGUACGUUGUUUACGGCUACGCCAAGUCGCCCUCAUUUUGCGCGUGGAUUUUAUUGGGACGAAGGUUUCCACUUGAUUCCCCUUGGUCUUUGGGAUACUGAUUUGAGUCUUGAAAUUUUGCAGAGCUGGUUCUCUUUGAUUGAUGAGAAGGGAUGGCUCGGAAGAGAACAAAUUUUGGGUCCUGAGGCUAGAAGCCAAGUCCCUGCAGAGUUUCAGACACAAUACCCUGACAUUGCGAACCCUCCUACUCUCAUCUUGGCCUUAAAGGCGUUCAUUGAACAAAUGAAAUCGUACAGCGGUGCCGGUGAUUUUGCUGAACGUGCCUUGAAUCAAGAGGGUGACGGUGUUUCAGGCGUAACUAGUGAAGCCGACUUGCUUCGCGUGUCUCACCUUGAGUUUCCUGAACUGACUACCAAGUUUUUGCGUUCUUUGUACCCCAAGCUUCGUAAGCAUUACUACUGGUUCCGUGACACACAAGCUGGCGACUUGGAAAGCUGGGAGCGCGAUGCGUUUUCUGACGUUGAGGGCUACCGUUGGAGAGGUCGUACCUAUGAGCACUGUCUCGCUAGUGGUUUGGAUGAUUAUCCUCGUGCACAACCUCCUUCGUUUGCUGAGCUUCAUGUGGAUCUUAUGAGUUGGAUGAUAUCUUUCACGAAGAAUUUGCGUUUUGUUGCCGAGUUUUUGGGAGAGGAAGAGGAUGCGGCAACAUUUGCUGAAUAUGAAAACAAUAUGAUGCAUAACUUGGACGAUUUGCACUGGGAUGAGGACACAGGCAUGUACUGUGAUGCCUCGGUGGAUGAGUACGAUGAUCCGCUCUUCGUUUGCCAUACUGGCUAUGUUUCCUUAAUGCCAUUGAUGCUUGGUCUCUUGCCGUCUGACUCGCCCAAGUUGGGUCGCCUGUUGGAGGUGCUCCGUGAUGAAGAUGAGCUGUGGUCUCCCUACGGUAUCCGUAGUUUGAGUCGCUCUGACCGCUUCUAUGGACAAGGCGAGAACUACUGGCGUGGUCCCAUCUGGAUAAACAUGAACUACAUGGUGCUUUCCAGUCUCUACAAAAAUUAUAUGCAAGUGUCCGGACCAUAUCAAGAGCUGGCUACUGCCAUUUACAACGAGCUUCGCGUGAACGUUGUAAACACAGUGUACAGGGAAUGGGCUCGUUCUGGCAUUUUCUACGAACAGUACAACUCAGAGACUGGUGUCGGCCAACGCACCAAGGGCUUCACCGGCUGGACGAGUUUGGUUGUGAACAUUCUUUCUGAACAGUACUAACCAAGUCUAAACAAUCUUACGAAGAUAAUGCACGCGCAUAAAAAGAUAAUUAUAUCAUGAAAUACGUUCUUUUUAUAAUGCUGGAAUGAGAACAAGCAGGCGGGACCAACUGGGUGAAAUCAGUUGCGCCUGGACAGGAACGAGGUUGUAUCUACUUAGUGUAAUGCUUUAGCUGUAUGA